AUGCACGCCCAUUGGGGAUCGCCAGACCAAAACGGAAGUGAACACGUCAUCGAUGGGAUACAAUACCCGAUGGAGCUCCACUUUGUUCAUUACAACAAGAAAAAAUAUUCGACUUUUUCUGGCUCAAUCGGUCAACCCGGUGGAAUCGCGGUGAUCGCCGUUCUUGUGCAGAUCGGACAAAACAACGUGGAAUUCGAGAAAAUCUCAACGCUAUUAGUGGCUCAUCGAAUAAAACGGGACACUGAUAGUGGAGAAGAUGGAAAAGCUAAUGGUAGUGGAGAGACUUUUCAACUACCGACAAUAAUAACAAACAUCAUAAAUGGACUCGAAAAGCUUUUCGAUUUUCGCAAAUUAUUGCCAGAUUCUCUCGAUUAUUUUGCGUACGAGGGCGGCUUGACAACGGGCAACUAUGAGAAGUGUGUGCAAUGGAUUGUGUUGCGAAAUUCGAUCACUAUCAGUAAGGAACAGAUUGACACUCUCCACGGUGUGUCGGCCGCGAAUUUUCGACCUCUCCAGCCAUUGCUUGGUGAAACGAAAUUAGAGAGAAAUUUCCGG